UCUGGACUGGCUGGGGUCGAAACCGGUCGGGAGCGGGGUCACAUCGCGGAAACAUGCUCCCGGUGGCUGAAGAGGAAUACCUGGAAGAUAUGCUGUUGGAGAACCCCAGGUUCCUCAGUAAGUCCCAGAGUCAGCCCCUGGACUUCUGGGAGGAGGCAGCGGUCAUACCGUCGGAAUACCAGGGACCAUGGCAACCACAGACGUCUGAGGGGCCUGUUGUGGCGUGGGCGACACCGCCCAGAUCAGUUUCGGGACAGUCGACGCCGGGGUUCAGCUGCUACCACUGAUAGAAACCAUGUGGCCGUUUUGACCAUGUGGCCGUUUUGACCAUGUGGCCGUUUUGACCAUGUGGCCGUUUUGACCAUGUGGCCAUUUUGACCAUGUGGCCGUUUUGGCCAUGUGGCUCUUUCUUACGUUGUUCAGUAAAUCCCUCCACUGUGCAAAC